UUGUCUUGGAGACGGAUGCCCCCCCGGAACCCCUUGGCCCUGAAGGAAAUUGAUUACGGUCAUAUGUAAGGUAGGUACAAGAGGGGGCUUUUCUUCUUCUUCUUCUUCUUUUUGUUUUUGUUUUUCUUUUUAGGCGCUAAUAGAUCAACCACGCUACCAUUUUCCUUCUCGCGUGCUUCCGUCCCAUCCAUCUCCUCUUUACUUUCUUCCCAUCCGUCCUGUUAUCCGCGACACGAGAAUCACAAUACCCAGAAUCCUUCGCGAACGCCAAGAGUGCGUCUUACGACGACAAAAGAACGAGACACCAUCAAUCAAUCAAUCUGCGGUAGUCUACCGAACCGACGCCGAAAUGAGCGGAAAACAUUACGUCGUCGGCGACUCGUCGCCCUUCCUCAAGCGUGUCUUGAUCCCCUUCUGGGUAGUCCGCAUCCUAGUCUUGCUGAUCCAGGCCGUCGUCCUCGGUCUCGCCAUCGCCGCCCUGGCCGCCUUCAGAGAGGAUAUUCAGAACGAGGUCGACAUAAGCUAUGGCGCCACAGUCGCCAUCUUCGUCGUCAACCUCAUCAUCGUCCUUUUCUGCCUCGCCCUCGACCUCGUCAGCAUCAUCAAGCGCGCCAGCCGCACCCUGAGCCCGCGCUUCUUCAUCAUCACCAAUGUUAUCCAGACCACCAUCUGGACCGUAUUGUUCAUCUUGUCCUUCAUCGGGAGUAUCUCAACUACCGGCAUUAUCAUCUCCGUUAUUGUAUAUCUCUCCUUUGUCGGCAUGCUCAUCUACGCCUCCGUCGUGUACCACAGGUUCCGCACGGGCCGCCUCACGUACGCCCGCGCCGGCCAGAUAGACCCCACCGCGGCCCAGAACCCCGGCUUCACCCCCUACGGAAACUACGGCCAAGGCCCCUCCAACGCCGCCUACCGACCGGCCGAAUUCAACGGCUACAAGCAGCCCGAGUACGAGUUGCCGACUCAGUAUGGCUACGGCCAGCAGAGCACCACUUCGGCCUGGCAACAGAACCAGGCCCAGUAUCCUCCACCCGGGCAGCAACCGCAGCAGCAGCAGAACCUCUACCAUUGAGCCAUAUCGGCGCUUGAUUGGGCGAGUAGUUCGAGCAGAUCAGGACUGAGUCGGCGUACUGGUAAAGACGGCAACUAAUGUCUGUUUUGUAAUGCGACUGAAAUAUAGUUACGGUCGGGAUUCGGGGCGUUUUGGGUCCGGGUCGGCAGGUGUACGUUUUAUGAUAGAGCCUGAUUGGAUAUACAGCGCGACUCUCGAUAGACGAGAUGGAGCUAUAUAUAAAUAUAUCAUGCGCGUGAUGCGUUUCGUUCUUCCUCCG